AUGAACGACGCCGAUGUGUCGAAGCAGAUCCAGCAGAUGGUGAAAUUCAUUCACCAGGAGGCGGAGGAGAAGGCCAACGAGAUCUCCGUAUCGGCAGAGGAGGUGAUGCCCGUCCCUCUCACUCUUGAAUUCCCUCGAUCUCUUCAAUCUUGUCCUCGAUGGGUUGUUUACCUUGUUUGGAUUCUUGGUGUCUCUCAGUUGAUUGGACGUAGCACGUGGUGUGGAUAUGAGGGAUUCGAUCUGUUUUCUUAUUCUAUAUUGUCUAGGACGUCCUUACAUCCUGCAGCGAGCUGCUGAUUUUUUUCUUUUGUUUGGGAUUUUAUUUUUCUGCUGCACCGGUCUGUGAUCGCUUUCACGGGAAGAAUGACACUGUCUGGAAGUUGUCAAAAAACGAUGUUCAUUUUGUUUGCGCAAAUGUCCUUUACAAUGAUACACGUUUCUCAAUCACCAGAAGGAUCGCAUUUCUUCGAUCCUCCCCUUCCACACACACACAUACAUCGACACACAAAAACCGGCCAACAACAGAUCGUGCUUCUCCUCAUCCUUUUUCAUUCUGAAGUAGCAAGGUCAUUAAUAGUUUUUCUUUAUCUUGGUUGAUAUUCCUUGGGAUCUUAAAGUUCACCUUUAUUUCAGGAGUUUAAUAUUGAGAAGCUGCAAUUGUUUGAAGCUGAGAAAAAGAAGAUCAAGCAAGAAUUUGGACGGAAAGAGAAACAAGUUGAAGUUCGCAGAAAAAUGUAACAUACUAGACAUUUUUCUCCUAUUCCUUUCAGCAUCAUCUAGCAUAUCUUUUCCAAUUUCUGUUGCUUCCCAGUGUAUCGGAAAAUUUCCCUAUUCUGCCAAGAUCAUUCUGCAAGAAUAUGCAGGUUGACGAUUCGAAAGCUGAGACGAGCUUUUUUUUAGUGUUGAUAUGUUUGUGGUGACUCAUUUCAAAAGAAACUCAUAGUGCCAACUUUGUUUGUGCUGCAGACCAACGAAUGGAAUAUCAUUUGAUUUUUAGAAAAUCUUUGAAUGACACAACAAAUGGUAUCUGUAUUCCAGGUUUUAGAUGAGUGUUGGAACCCAUCUUUCUCAUCCGUUUCUUAUCAUGGACAGAUGCAAUGCUGAUGAACUCAUCAAUGGGCUUAGCCUUUCUGUGUUCUUUUAUCCAGAUGGAUAAUUUGACGGUGACAAUAGCUUGUGAAGAUCAUGGAGGAAAUUCCUCAUUAGUUACUUUUGACCUUCCCUUGUGGAAGUGCUUUGGGGCCUUUAGUUUUCAUAGAGGAAAACGUAAGCAAGCUUCAGCGAAAUAUGAAGUCUUUACCAGGGAAGUUACAUAAAUGGUUCGGUCAUGCCAGGUAUAGAUUAAGCCAGAACUAAGGGGGGACUAUGUUCAUGCAAAAAUCAUAUGCAUUCGUAUGUUAGUACUUUGGUUAGCAAAGUAAUCCAUGUACAUUUAGGGUGGGUGUUCUCGAAUUAGAUUGAAAAUUCUUUCAAGUUGGACAGAAAACCCAGACUUUGACAUUUUUCAGUGAGGGAAGAAGCAAUUUAUAUUUCCUUGCUACGUCGAAAUAAAAUCUAGAGUGACAAUUUAGAGUACAACUUGACACGAACCCUCAAACCUGACAUCUUGUUCUCAAUGUUAAUUCACCUUGGCUUUCUCCACUGGGUCCAGUUCAAUACCUUGCUUCAACUAACUGUUGUUUCCCUAUCUGAUCUGCUGGCAUCAUUUUGUCAGUGUCUCUAAUAGAGCCUGUUUUAUUCGCAUUCGUUCAGAUUAGAGAAAUGAGGCGGUCCUUUUGUGGGACCUUUUGUUGUCCAAUGCAGGACUGUUACAAUUGUCCUUCAGCGAAUGGUGAUCAUAGUUUCCUAACUUUGAUGCCAAAACGAAAUAUGUUGCUUCAUGCUUUAGAACUUUGAUGGUAUAUCUUCAUUCUUUUGAGGAUGAAAGAAAUGGAUGGUAGCAUUUGUCUUCCUCAGUGGCACUGCUUAUCUGGAUGAAUGGAGUGACGAGCGUCGGUAAUAGGACUUCAACAUACAGUAGCAUUGGCAUCAUACAGACAAGGAGAAGCUUGGAAAUGGAUAAGAAGCUUGGUACAUCUGCUCGUUAAUUUUACAUUGCUAAAAAAUAGUAGAGUCCGCUCAUCAUGUCACAGCCACCAUUCCUUUAGUUGACUUCUCUGGAAAUUCAUCAGCGUGGACCCUUGCCCCAUCUGACUAAGCAUUAGACCUUUUUUCAGGUGAGAUAUGGGAGGAACAUAGAAAGCGAUGCGAAUUUUCUCCCAAUUUUUUUCUAGUCUUACUUACUAUCCACAACACCUUAUCACUGCUCAUUACAUCUCUCUUCUCUUGUUAGAGUUGCAAUCUCUUCUCCUCCCUCUGUUGACUAUGAGUUGUUCAAAUGAUAGACAUGAGCUUCAGAACUAGAAAAUGAGUGUAAGUAUUCACAUCAUGCGUGAAUGGGAUAUGGUGCUGCACAUGCGCACUCCCAUAUCCACUCAAGUUAUGACAUAAGAAAAACAACUAAACUAUCCCUCAGUUGAUGAAGAAGGUGACUUCUUACAGAGGGAGGGUUAACUUAACGUGCUUUGGUGUGUUAGCAGAGUUGAAGAGUGGUGUGUUAGUCAACAUAGCUUGAGGUGGAUUGUAAAUGCCCGCUUCAAGUUAUUGGUUUUCGUUGGUGCUGUUUCUAUGUUUAUGUAUAUAAUUCUGUUUCUGAGUUGCUUAUAAAGUAAAAGAGAAGUGGUUACAUCAAGAAUAGUGCAGGCGCAUGUGCCAUUCGAGCCAUUACAGUAGAAAAUGGAAAUGUUAAAAAAUGUUGACAAGGUUGUAUGUUAAGAAAUUAACCAUUUUCCUCAUGUACUUUGGAAUUGUUAAGUUAUUUACUGGAAUAUCAUGAACAGUCAUGGAGUACUUUAUAUUAGUUCAUUCUUUUGUCAUUAUAAUUAUGAGACCUCUGUCAAGUCAACGAUAUAGUGUCGUAAUCAAGUCUGUCGUUCAAUUUAAAAUAUUUUGAUAAAAACCGUGGAAGUUUGAUCUUGAAUUUGAUUAUUUUUUCCUUUUUUAUUUUUCAAGGCUAAUUUGAUGCCUAAUUUCGUAUGUAGUGAAUAUUCCAUGCAAUUGAAUGCUUCUCGGCUUAAGGUUCUUCAAGCCCAGGAUGAUUUGGUUAAGUCCAUGAAGGAGGCAGCUGAGAAAGAGCUAUUGCACGUUAGCCAUGAUCAUCAUGCAUACAAACAUCUUCUGAAAGAACUGAUUGUUCAGGUAAACGAUGACUUAUCUGAUAGCUAAUAGCUCUCGCGUAUCUUUUAUUAUCAAAUGAAGCAUAUUAGAGAUGUUUACAUCUUUAUUAAGUUGCUGGAUUUGGUUUAGUUCACCUGCCAUCUGUUACUGAGUAAAUUUAGCCUGAAAAACAGAGUAAGCAGUUUGGUGCGGAAGUCUUCCCCCGUGGGAAUUCACCUGUCACGAAUACAAAAUAAAUUUAUCAAUGAGAUUCAAGCACUUUUGGUUUGCCCAUGGGACGGAUACUUUCUAUUUCCCUUAAAUGUGAUAACAUGACGUUUCGGGAUCGUUCACUUCCUGUGAGAUAGUCUCUAUUUUCCUUAUUUUUGAUAAAACAAUGUCUAUGGACCGUUCACAUUCUACCAUGUUUAUUUGGGAUACUUUCAUUACUUAUAAUUCCUUGAUUCUAUUAGUAUCACGCUUGCAUUGAUGUCAUAUAAUUAUUUGACCUUGUAUUUAUCACUUCCAGUGUUUGCUGCGACUCAAGGAACCAUCUGUACUACUGCGUUGUCGGAAAGAGGACGUUGGGCUUGUGGAAUCUGUUCUGCACUCUGCAAAGCACGAGUAUGCAGAGAAAGCCAAUGUCCAUCAUCCUGAAAUAGUGAUAGACCAUGUCACACACCUUCCACCCGCUCGCCACCAUCAUCAUGGUCAUGGACCUUUCUGGUAAUACACUCUUCAGAGAAAUAUGGUUAAAAGAAAUGCAUGAAAUCCGGUUAUGUGAUAUAUUUAUUGUGAAGAAAAGGGUUAAAUAAUCUGCAAAGGCACUUUUCUAUCAAGUUUUUUUGAGUAAAUUAAUGUCAUAAUCUGUUAUCCUUUUCAUCUUUCCACCUCAUGUGUUAAAAAUGGCAUUUUUUGUUGCCCAAUCUAAACCUCUGGUUGCUCGAUUUUGGUGGGAAUUGACUACGAUCUUACAUUUUUUUGGUAUCUAGAGGGUCAUGUUACUAUAGAAUAACUCAUUGGGGAGACCCAAAUCUUUUGUAAUUUCACGCCAGUUGAUUAGAACCAUUACCAUGGUGCUGACAGGCAUUAAUGGGUCGAUAUAGACAGUCUGACGAAGGGCCCUGAGAUUUCUGUUCAAUUACCUGGCUCGACAGAAAACCUGCAAAAAACAGUGUAAAGGACUUGGGUGCCAUGACUUCCGCUGGUAGAAUGUCUGUCAAAAUUUAAUUCGGGCAGAUGCUAAACAUUUAAACGUUCUUUUAAAUGUUUUCUGUCUGGAAUCAGUCUCGCCUGAGUACCAAGUCGCCAUAUCUUCAUCAGGGGAAUAAGCUACCAGUAGGUCGGUGUCAUAAUCAAGUGGUAUUUUCCGAAAAAAUGUUUUAAUCAGUUAAAAAUUAAAUCAUUUGGUGCUGCAUUUUUUAUGCAAUUGAAUGUUAGAUCCUUGUAUAUUAUUAAUCGAAUGCAAGAUCCUUGGAUACUAUUUAUUGAAUGUAAGAUCCUUGUAUAUUAUAUUGAUGAUGAGAUUCAUGAUUCAGCUCUGGAGGUGUUGUCUUGGCUUCUCGAGAUGGGAAAAUUGUAUGUGAGAACACCCUAGAUGCAAGGUUGGAGGUUGUCUUCCAUAAAAAGUUACCGGAGGUACCUACCUUACGCAUGCCUUUUCUUUGGGAUCCUAAUAAUCUUUACAUUAUGCAAGAGGAAACCUAAGAAAUUUGGAUUGAGCUGCAUUCCGUCUUAAACUAUAUUUCUGCUAUUUAAUCCUUUGUUGUUCACGAUUGGUUUUUAUCUUUUGGAUAAUUAUGGUCUGAAUCAGUCUUGGGUUGGGCCCAAGGAUUAUCCUUUGUGGCCCUUCAGAGUUAGUCAUACCAGAGUCUAACUGCAAUGGAGCGACUUAGGUGGUUAAUUUUUAAUGGCAUUCAAGUAAGUCAAAUGCUCGAAUCAUUAUAAUCUCCCUUAAAAGUAAUGUUGCCAUGCGCUUUACCUGCCACCAUUACGAGUAAUGGUGCGGGGAUCGUGCAGCAGGAACCACCAAAGCAUAAUGUGACAGUACAUGUAAUCCUUGAGCUUGUUGGUGAAGCCACCCGUACCAUGUGGCCACAUGUAUUCGCAUGGAAUAUGAAAUUCCAGGUUUUAAUGCCCAAUCUGAACUGACCAAUCGUGUGUAAACCUGACAAAAUUUAUCUACACUUACUGGAUUUGGAAUAUCACCCUUUUGCUUGAAAAUCUUAGGGGUCGUUUUUUUUUCUUUCUGUCUGGUGAUUUUCCCUCCCGUUAGUUUUAUUCCUUUAAAGACAUUCAGAGAUUUAUACAUAUAUAUAUAUAUAUAUAUAUAUAGCUUUCUUAGUCAAUAGGCUUAGGCCUUGCUGAUUUUCUACCUGGCGAUCGUCCUUCUAGUUUUAUUUUUCAAAUAGCUGAAUAACUUUACGUCACAUCCUAAGUGGGCUGUUUUCUCCUUGUGUAUUGCAGAUCCGGAAAUGCCUUUUUGGCCAGGUCGCCGUAUAA